CUCACCACAUCUACGAGACAAAGACUCAGUAGUCCUCGCACCAAGGCACCAAGUUGCCAGCCCUACCCUCUCUCGCUGCGGCAGAGGCUGCGCCUGGCGCAAGGAGCAGCGGAGGGCCUGGUUUACCUGCAUGGGUUUGCGACGCCCAUCAUCCACCGCGACAUCAAGCCCGCCAACAUCCUCGUGACAGCCCACAUGCACGCCAAGGUGGCCGAUUUCGGGCUGCUGAAGCUGCUCACUCACGGCGAUGCUCAUGCCACCAGAGUGGAGGGAACACCCGGCUAUGUGGAUCCUGAUUACAACCGCACUGGUGUCAUCACGGCCAAGAGCGAUGUCUUCAGCUUCGGCAUUGUGCUUCUGGAGUUGCUGAGUGGAAAGCCACCCUCUUAUCAUGGAUACUCUAUCAAGACUUGGGCGCAGCAGAGGGUGGAUGCAUAUGAGCUGGACGAGCUCAAGGACAGCAAGAUGGAGGCCAGUGACGAGGCUGUGGUGGACUUUGCUGACCUGGCGCUGGACUGCACGAAGGCGCCAGGCACACGCCGUCCUGACAUGAAGGACGUGACAUACCGCCUCCGUGCCCUCAUUGAAAAGCACUGCCCUGACAAGGAGGAAGAGUGGGAGUGCAGUAGAGAAGAGAGUGCAUGCACCGGAGGGGAGUCGUGUGCCACGAUCUGUUCUGCUGGCGGGAGCUCAAUGCGGAGCUCAAUGCGGAGCUCAAUGCGGAGCUCAAUGCGGAGCUCGGAUUCCGAUCGUGUCAAGAGUUGGCUGCCCCUGAGGUUCUUGUGGGGUUACUGA